UUCUUAAGACAUUUUAGCCAUGACUAAGAGAGAGGCAGAGGAGCUGAUAGAAAUAAAAAUUGAUGGAACUGAGAAACAGGAAUGCACUGAAGAAAGCAUCGUUGAGCAAACUUACACCACAGCAGAAUUUGUGAGUCAAGCUAUUGACAUCAAUGAACCAAUUGGAAAUCUUAAGAAAUUGCUGGAACCCAGACUGCAGUGUUCCUUGGAUGCACAUGAAAUUUGUCUGCAAGAUAUCCAGCUGGACCCAGAUCGAAGUCUUUUUGAUCAAGGAGUAAAAACAGAUGGAACAGUGCAACUCAGUGUGCAAGUAAUAUCUAGGCAAGGGAUAGAGCCCAAAUUAAACAUCCUUGAAAUUGUGAAACCUGUGGAAACUGUGGAGGUAGUGAUUGAUCCAGAUGCUCAUCAUGCAGAGGCUGAAGCUCACCUUGUUGAGGAAGCUCAAGUGAUAACCUUGGAUGGAACAAAACAUAUUACAACAAUUUCAGAUGAAACAUCUGAACAAGUGACACGAUGGGCUGCAGCACUGGAAGGCUACCGGAAGGAGCAGGAGCGCCUUGGAAUACCGUACGACCCAGUGCAGUGGUCGACAGACCAGGUACUCCACUGGGUGGUGUGGGUAAUGAAGGAGUUCAGCAUGACUGACAUUGACCUCAAUGCACUCAGCAUUCCUGGGCGGGAGCUCUGCAGCUUCAGUCAAGAAGACUUCUUCCAGCGCGUCCCACGAGGGGAAAUCCUCUGGAGCCAUUUGGAGCUUCUUCGAAAAUAUGUGUUGGCAAGCCAAGAACACUCUGGAGAAAUAGCAACUGUUACUAUUGAUCAGCCUGUGCAGAUUAUUCCAGCAUCAGUACAGCCUGCUACCCCAACCACCAUUAAAGUAAUCAACAGCAGUGCAAAGGCAGCUAAAGUACAGAGAGCUCCAAGAAUCUCUGGGGAAGAUAGAAGCUCCCCUGGGAACAGAACAGGAAACAACGGCCAGAUCCAGUUGUGGCAGUUUUUACUAGAACUUCUUACUGACAAAGAUGCUCGGGACUGUAUUUCCUGGGUUGGUGAUGAAGGAGAGUUUAAAUUGAAUCAACCUGAACUGGUUGCGCAGAAAUGGGGACAGCGUAAAAACAAACCCACAAUGAAUUAUGAGAAGCUUAGUCGGGCUUUGAGGUAUUACUAUGAUGGAGAUAUGAUCUGCAAAGUGCAAGGCAAGAGGUUUGUGUACAAAUUUGUCUGCGACUUGAAAACUCUUAUUGGAUACAGUGCAGCAGAGUUGAAUCGGUUGGUCACAGAAUGUGAGCAGAAGAAACUAGCCAAGAUGCAGCUUCAUGGCAUUGCACAGCCAGUUACAGCAGUGGCACUAGCCACAGCAUCCCUGCAAACAGAGAAAGAUAAUUAAGCACUAGGACCUGAAAGUGGGAGCCUUUCUUGCAUAGCCAGAGCAGUUAAUGCUCUUACCUUUAUCAGAUUUGGAAACUUGUUUUGUUUCUUGACAAUACAAUACAGAGCAUGGUUUUCUAUAAAAAACUGGGACUCUUAUAAAUUUGGAUCUUUUAACCACAUAUAUUUCAAUGUAAAUUGAACUUCUGCACAUUUGAGUCAGGGCCUCUAUGGUAUGCAAUCUGGAAUUGGUGAGAAAGGUUGAACUGGUCAACACAGUGUCCACAGGUGUACAAAGUAAUUUUUUGCAGCAAGCAGGCCUAUCCAGUUGCCUGAACUUAGUCAUUGCCAGUCUUUUAUUCUCUGCUGAAAUACCAAAUAGCAUUUGAUGCUUUCAAAGUUAAACACCUAAUAUUCUCAUUUAAUCAAGCAGAGCUGAAAGAUGCAUUAAUGUUACAAAUCAUCUGGUUCUUAAAACAGCUUCUGUGUUUAUAAGCAUAAGAAACUAAGACUAGACUGAAUUUAAGGUCAGUGAUGAAGAAGGGGAUCCAGGUUAGAUCUGGCUUAGGUGAAAAGCCAAUUAAGAGUAUUUCAAUGUAAUACAUAGAUAUGCAUAUAUGAGUGAAAGUACUUAACUGGUUUGGAUGAUAUUGUUAAUGCUAACCGAUUAGCAAAAAGCAAAGGUAAACUUCUUGCUCCAAUAUCGCCUCCCCCAUCAGGUGAUUUGAAAACUUGAAAAAACCGCCCUCACCCAAAAGUAGUUUAUUUUGGUGGGGGCUUUUUAAUGCUCUGAUCUGCAAGGUCCUUACACUUGCAUGAUAGUCAACCUUAGUAACUGAAGACCUAAGUUAAUCACAGUCAGUAGUCCCUGUUCAGAAAAAAAAAAGGAAGUUGAAAAUAGUUUUACGGAGAACUGGUUUGAUUUCCAAAUUAGUGUACAGUCUGACAUAUAUUAAAUACAAAUAUGUAUUUUUUAUUUAAAAUUAAUUUCUUUCCAAACGUUGACGUUUUUAAAGCUUCAUAAGCCAAAUGCAUGCUCCAGUGCUGGAUACAAUUUGAGGUCUGGGUAAUGAAUAAAAAAUUGAGUGUAUCCUGAAUUCUGAGCUACAGCGAGUACUUCAUAGAAACUUAAUUACACACAUAGUAAAAAGUAGGCUAUAACUUUUGAGCUUUUGUAUUGAUGCCUAUGCCUUCCGAUGGCUGAAAAUGAUGCAAUUUUGGUUUUGCUUUUGCUACUGUUAUCAUUUGCUAAUGUUAGUAACUCAUGUUACUAAACAGUAUGUUAUGUCACUAUGUGUAUUUUCCAGCUUUUUGUAAGUGGAGCCUCCUCUAAACAAUUAAAAUGCAAAGGGAGGGAAUGAGCUGCUUUUAAAUAUUAAAUCAAAAGUCCUUGUUCAGUGGGCUUCUAAACAUGCAAUGUGUUUAUACUGAGUAUUGAGAGCACUGGACUUGCAGGCAGAGGGCAAAGAACACAGAAGACUCAUUUUAAGGGUGUAUUGAGGGCAGAGCUUUUUAUUUAUAGGUGAGAGUUCACCUGCAGAUAAUUUUUUGCAUGUAGUUCUAGCCUACUUUUUUCAUCAUCACCAUAGUGAUGUGGGAAGUGCUUCCAGAUUCUUUCAGGAAGUCUUAAUAUUGAUUUCAUUCUUGAGCUCUUAAAGCAUUCCAUCUACUGAGCUUACUGGUUUUAUUUUGUUUUUAAAAAGGAUCUUAAGCCCUGAGCAAAAUGUGUAAAUGUAUCUGUCACAGGAGGCCAGCCACUAAACCAUUUAUUAUACUUGGAGUAGUUUGAUACCACCAGUUGGCAAGUGUUUGAGGUGACUUAUGUAAAUAGAUGCAAGUUUGCUUACUGAGGAUGAAGCUGGUAGUUCAGUGACAGCAACUAUGUAACACUGUUCCAUUGCUAAACAGAAGUCCAGUACAAGCCGCUAGUUUUAUUUAGUAGAGCUCAUGAGAGGCCUUUUUAGUUAAAAUACAGUACAAAAAGAAGAGAAGCUUAAAAUAACAGCUUUCUAGAUCAAACUGGCCUGUGGGAGGAUAAGCUAACAGCAAAACUGAAAUGUGGCAUCAAUAGUUUAUCUCCCUGAGUAGUCUUAUUACAUGAUAAGCCCUCUAGGGGAAUCUUCUAAUAUCAUACUUCCUUUGUAAAUACAUCCAAUUAUUAUUCUGCCACUUUUCAGUAGCCAUGAUAGUCUUUGGGGGUCUUUGUUGUGGGAUCAUCUGCUUUUCCACUGUGUUCUAAUUAGUGAAGAAAGAAUCUUUCAAAGGUGUAAAAUCACUGUCACAUUCUCUGUAGUUGAGGGAGAAAUCUGUGACUAACUUGAUGUCUUCAAUAAAAUAAUAAAAGAUGUAGAAUAUAUUGUCAGAGGUUCUGUUGCUGCCAGAAGGAAAACAUAGAAAGAAUAUUCCAAAUUUUUUGUAAAACAGAAGGUUUUUUGCAUACUUUUUAAAUAAAGACACUUAUACUCUGCUAAUA